AUGAAAACUGACAAUAGUAGCGGUAGUGGAGAGUUCUUGUCGUGUCUGUGUCAGUACGCGCACAGCCAAGUUGCCUGGCUGAUUGGCGACUCUUUCACUUGCUCGUACUCUCAGCCGCUGGAUAGAACGGGGAACAAGCUGCAGUAUAAACACAUGUGUAUUCACAGACAGCCGCGCGGACAUGCAGAUAUGGAUCUAAGGAUCUUUCUUUUCUCUCUUUCAAACACACACACACACACACACACUGUCUCUCUAUACUUCUAUCGCACGUUCACUGUCUUUUGCACAAUUCCAAUAUUUUUACGCUCUCUUUAUUUGCAUUUUACUUUUAAUAAUCCGUCUUUUUCCACCUCUUCGAAUUCACCUCUCUCUUUACUAUCAUCUUUCUUAUUUUCUUUUUUAUUCUUCUUUUCAUUCUAUCGUUCGUUCUCGCCUUUUUUUUUUCUUAUUUUCUCUUUGUUUUUAAUCAAUUCUUCUUUUUCCCUCUUCGAAUUUACCUCGCCCUUUACUUUGCUAUCAUCUUUUUUUUUUCUUCUUUUCUUUCUAUUGUUCGUUCUCGCUUUCUUUUUUUUAUUCUACUUUUCCCCCUCUUCGAACGAAUUCACUUCUCUCUUUACUAUCAUCUUUUUUCUUUUUUUCUUCUUUUUUCUUUCUAUUGUUCGUUUCUUUCUUUUUUUUAUUCUACUUUUCCCCCCUCUUCGAAUUCACUUCUCUCUUUACUAUCAUCUUUUUUUUCUUUUUCUUCUUCUUUUCUUUCCAUUGUUCGUUCUCGCUUUCUUUUUUUUUAGUCAGUUCUACUUUUCCCCCCUCUUCGAACGAAUUCACUUCUCUCUUUACUAUCAUCUUUUUUUUCUUUUUCUUCUUCUUUUCUUUCUAUUGUUCGUUCUCGCUUUCUUUUUUUUAGUCAGUUCUACUUUUCCCCCCUCUUCGAACGAAUUCACUUCUCUCUUUACUAUCAUCUUUUUUUUUUUUUCUUCUUCUUUUCUUUCUAUUGUUCGUUCUCGCUUUCUUUUUUUUAGUCAGUUCUACUUUUCCCCCCUCUUCGAACGAAUUCACUUCUCUCUUUACUAUCAUCUUUUUUUUUUUUUCUUCUUUUCUUUCUAUUGUUCGUUCUUUCUUUUUUUAUCAGUUCUUUUUCCCCCUCUUCGAAUUCACUUCUCUCUUUACUAUCAUCUUUUUUCUUUUCUUCUUCUUUUCUUUCCAUUGUUCGUUCUCGCUUUCUUUUUUUUUAGUCAGUUUCUUUUCCCCCUCUUCGAACGAAUUCACUUUCUCUUUACUAUCAUCUUUUUUCUUUUCUUCUUCUUUUCUUUCUAUUGUUCGUUCUCGCUUUCUUUUUUUUAUUCAGUUCUACUUUUCCCCCCUCUUCGAACGAAUUCACUUCUCUCUUUACUAUCAUCUUUUUUUCUUUUUCUUCUUCUUUUCUUUCUAUUGUUCGUUCUCGCUUUCUUUUUUUUAGUCAGUUCUACUUUUCCCCCCUCUUCGAACGAAUUCACUUCUCUCUUUACUAUCAUCUUUUUUUCUUUUUCUUCUUCUUUUCUUUCCAUUGUUCUUCUACUUUUCCCCCCCCUCUUCGAACGAAUUCACUUCUCUCUUUACUAUCAUCUUUUUUUCUUUUUUUUCUUCUUUUUUUUCCAUUGUUCGUUUCCUUUCUUUUUUUUAGUCAGUUCUACUUUUCCCCCCCCUCUUCGAACGAAUUCACUUCUCUCUUUACUAUCAUCUUUUUUUUUUUCUUCUUUUCUUUCCAUUUUCUACUUUUCCCCCUCUUCGAACGAAUUCACUUCUCUCUUUACUAUCAUCUUUUUUUCUUUUUCUUCUUCUUUUCUUUCCAUUGUUCUUCUACUUCCCCCCCUCUUCGAACGAAUUCACUUUUUCUCUUUACUAUCAUCUUUUUUUUUUUUCUUCUUCUUUUCUUUCCAUUGUUCGUUCUCUUUCUUUUUUUUAGUCAGUUCUACUUUUCCCCCUCUUCGAACGAAAUCACUUUCUCUCUUUACUAUCAUCUUUUUUUCUUUUUCUUCUUCUUUUCUUUCCAUUGUUCGUUCUCGCUUUCUUUUUUUUUAUUCUACUUUUCCCCCCUCUUCGAACGAAUUCACUUCUCUCUUUACUAUCAUCUUUUUUUUCUUUUUCUUCUUCUUUUCUUUUUCCAUUGUUCGUUCUCUUUUUUUUUUUUUAGUCAGUUCUAUUUCCCCCCCUCUUCGAACGAAUUCACUUCUCUCUUUAUUAUCAUCUUUUUUCUUUUUUCUUCUUCUUUUCUUUCCAUUGUUCGUUCUCGCUUUUUUUUUUUUUAGUCAGUUCUACUUUUCCCCCUCUUCGAACGAAUUCACUUUCUCUUUACUAUCAUCUUUUUUUUUUCUUUUUCCUUCUUUUCUUUCCAUUGUUCGUUCUCGCUUUUUUUUUUAUUCAGUUCUACUUUUCCCCCCUCUUCGAACGAAUUCACUUCUCUCUUUACUAUCAUCUUUUUUUUCUUGUUCUUCUUCUUUUCUUUCCAUUGUUCGUUCUCGCUUUUUUUUUUUAGUCAGUUCUACUUUUUCCCCCCUCUUCGAACGAAUUCACUUUCUCUUUACUAUCAUCUUUUUUCUUUUUCUUCUUCUUUUCUUUCCAUUUUCUACUUUUCCCCUCUUCAAACGAAUUCACUUCUCUCUUUACUAUCAUCUUUUUUUUUCUUUUCUUCUUCUUUUCUUUCCAUUGUUCGUUCUCGCUUUCUUUUUUUUAGUCAGUUCUACUUUUCCCCCUCUUCGAACGAAUUCACUUCUCUCUUUACUAUCAUCUUUUUUUUUUUUUUCUUCUUUUCUUUCCAUUGUUCUUCUACUUUUCCCCCUCUUCGAACGAAUUCACUUCUCUCUUUACUAUCAUCUUUUUUUUUUCUUUUUCUUCUUCUUUUCUUUCUAUUGUUCGUUCUUGCUUUCUUUUCUUAUUUUCUCUUUCUUUUUAAAUUAUUCUCCUUUUUCCUCUUUCUUCGAAUUCACUUCUCUCUUUACUUUCUUUUCCUCUUAUUUAUAUACAAGUAUUUUUUCAGGAUUUUUCUUUUUCUACUUUCAGAUCAAAUCUGUUGCAUCAAUCACUUUUACCACAGAAAAUACGCCAACACAUUUCGCCAAUGUUGCAACUUCUACAUUUGAUAACAACGAAAACCGAUGCCUUACUGAUUCUUCUUCUUUUAUGUGUCGUGUCCCUUCAUGA